CUAGCAGUUAACAAGGGAACCGGCGCCAAAAUACACGACAUCCGACUAUCCAAGUAACCGACAUCAUUCGCUGUUCAGUCGUCGUGUCGAACGGUUUCGUGUAUACUUUUAUCAUUGUUCCUGUUAUAUCAACGUGAAAAAUGUCUGGCCGUGGCAAAGGAGGUAAGAGCAAGGGAAAAUCAAAGACUCGCAGCAGCAGGGCAGGGCUACAGUUCCCCGUUGGUCGUAUUCAUCGACUUUUGAGGAAAGGAAAUUAUGCUGAACGCGUCGGAGCCGGUGCUCCGGUAUAUUUGGCUGCUGUUAUGGAAUAUUUAGCCGCUGAAGUUCUGGAAUUGGCUGGAAAUGCUGCAAGAGACAAUAAGAAAACCAGAAUAAUCCCACGUCACCUUCAGUUGGCAAUUCGUAAUGACGAAGAACUGAACAAACUACUAUCUGGAGUUACAAUUGCACAAGGUGGUGUUUUGCCCAAUAUCCAAGCAGUUUUAUUGCCAAAAAAGACUGGAAGCGGUGGUGGAUCUGGAAAGGGAGACAAAGCCUCUCAGGAAUAUUAGGUCAAAAUCACACACCAUUAGUGCCAGUGCAAACCUACAUCUACUUCUCAAAAUUUGACAAGUCAUUCAGACAUUUCAUUAUAACUAAUCUAAGACUCUAUUAGCUAUGCCAGAUCAAAAAAAAGCAACCUAGAAGCUAUUGGAGAAGAAUAGAAGCAGUGUGGGUCAUGCAAUAACUUUUUUCCAUCUUUGAACAUUAAAAGUGGCAUGCUUUGUUACAAUUGGUUAAUAUUCACGCUGGAUUUGUCUCCAUAAAUUUAAAGUUGUGUUUUAUAUUUAUAAUGUUUCAUUACCUUAGGAUAACGUUAAAUACUUGUGUUUGGCUAUUACUAAAAUUGUUAAUUCUUGUACCAAAUUUUGAGGGAAGAAUCGCAAUUUAAUGUUAUUAAUAAACGGUUUAUAACCUUAUCAUACUAAA